AUUUCCAGUUCUUAGUGCGUGAAAUAAGUUGAUCGAAAAACCGAUAAAUGCUCUGAGCGCGCUCCUGACAGUGAUAAUAACAGUGUCAGUGAUAAUAGACGUUUUUGAAAUGGAAAUCGCUCAGGCACCCCUCCAGCUGACCCAAGAGCAUCAGGAUGGCCGGGUAACAGAAGAGAACCAGUCGCCGUUGCGUUGGUCGCCGCCAUCCUCUGCGGCUCUGGUGGCUGCAGCGCUCGCGCCCCCGACCCUACGACCUUGGCUACCAGAGCCUCCCACGAAGAAGUCCAACCAUUUGGGUCUGAUAUGCGUUGUCUGCGGCGACACGAGCUCCGGGAAGCACUACGGGAUCCUCGCCUGCAACGGCUGCAGUGGAUUCUUCAAAAGAUCCGUCAGGAGGAAACUUAUUUAUCGGUGUCAAGCUGGUACCGGCCGCUGCGUCGUGGAUAAGGCGCACCGGAACCAGUGCCAAGCGUGCAGACUGAAGAAGUGCCUCGCCAUGGGAAUGAAUAAAGAUGCCGUGCAAAAUGAAAGGCAGCCCAGGAAUACCGCGACGAUUCGGCCUGAAGCUCUGCGGGAGAUGGACCAGGAAAGAGCCCUGCGAGAAGCGGCGGUGGCUGUGGGCGUUUUCGGACCCCCCGUAUCCCUGGCGAUGGCGUUGUCACCGGCGCGCUACCCACUGCUGUCGCCACCCUACGCGCCGCCCCAGCCGCCGGCGCAGCCCGACUCCUCGAGGGACCACGACGACAGAGCACACACCGAUAGUGACGAUGACAGCAUUGACGUCACCAACGAAGAGGACUCGACUUCUUACUCACCACCAGCUCUGACCUAUGGACAGAACUGCGCUCCAUAUAGGCCACUCGGCGUGGAGAGUGCAGCCGAGACGGCAGCCCGUCUCCUGUUCAUGGCCGUGAAGUGGGCCAAGAACCUACCCUCAUUCGCCAGCCUGGCCUUCAGAGAUCAGGUGAUUCUGCUGGAGGAGUCGUGGUCAGAGCUAUUCCUGCUGAACGCUAUCCAGUGGUGUCUGCCGCUCGACGCCGCCUGCACGGCCCUCUUCGGGAACGAUCAGCUCGACCAAGAGAGUGGGGGCUCGUCGGCGGCGCUGCGGCGGCUGCGCGAGGUGCUGUCCCGGUACCGCGCCGUGUUCGUAGACCCGGCGGAGUUCGCCUGCAUGAAGGCCAUCGUGCUCUUCAAGUCAGAAACGCGCGGUCUCAAAGACCCUCUCCAGAUCGAGAACCUGCAAGACCAAGCGCAGGUGAUGCUGAUGACGCACGCGCGGACGGCCCACGGCGCGGCCCCCGCCAGGUUCGGUCGCCUGCUACUGCUGCUGCCGCUGCUACGCAUGGUCGCGCCCUCGCAGCUCGAACGAGAAUUCUUCUCGAAAACGAUAGGGCAAACGCCUAUGGAAAAGGUACUGGCCGAUAUGUAUCGAAAUUGAUGAAACUGUAGAACAGCGCCAUCCAUGUUCGGCGGAGAGAAGCAGCGGCGUUUGUACGCCAUCUAUGUGAAUCGAGAGUGCCAUUGUGUUUACAAUAGCACCAUCUAUGUUUGGCGGAGAGAAGCAGCGGCUUUUGUCAAGAAAUCGGUUCAGGAGUACGCCGUCUAUGUGAAUCGAAAGUGCCAUUUGUGUUUGCAACAGCGCCAUCUAUGUUUCUUAAUAAGAAAUAUUUGUUACUUAAAGUGAAACCUGAAGGUUUACCUUUAAUUUAAAUGUAACUUAAAUUACUUAAAUAGAAUAUGAACAUUACAAUACAUGCUAACGUUAUUUAGUAUUACGUGUUUAUUUAUUACUAUACUUUUCGAUCUUAGAUAAGAAUAACUAAAUACCUAUAAGUAGCAGCUUAUUACAUUUUGUUAAAUUUAAUGUAAGUACCCGUAAUUAGUGUGGUGCGUCGUUGUUAAAUAAUAUUUAAAAAAUAAGGCUUACUUAUGUUAAUUUGUCAGUCAGUAGGACAAUGUAAAUAACUAAUUCUAAAUUAAUUCUCGUUUCUCGUAACGCUAACAAGCAUUGGGUUGUUCCGGUAUAAGCGCUUUGGUAAAGAUCUGAUUUGUUUUAACACGGUGGCUCCAUCUAGUGAGCCGGGCAAGUUCUUCAAUACUGUGUACAAAUAACAUAACUUAUCAGUAAUUUUGUCACACAUGUCCUAAAGUUAACCACGUUCUAGUCAUUAAGGUGUAUAAGCUGCGAAUCGAUUAUUAGUUUAACGAAAUACGGCCUAUAGAUUUAUUUCGAAUGUCUUUAUCAAUUAAUUUAGUAAGAAUUUUUUUUAUAACUGGACCUUAAAGUUACACCCCUUUUUUACUUUGGCAACAUUAUUUAAUCUUUUACACCAAACAAUAUGUUUAGGGUAGAUUAUUCUUCUAGAAAUCUCCGUGAUAUUGCAACUAGAGCCUUUUUGGAUGUUUAUUAAAAUGCUGUUAGCCGCGUUUUGUGACUGAUCUGUACUUAUAUUAUAAAGAGGAAAGAUUUGUUUGUUUGUUUGUAUUGAAUAGGCUCCGAAACUACUGAACCGAUUUGAAAAAAUCUUUAACUGUUUAGGAGCUACACUAUUCCCGAGUGACAUCUUUUUUGAAAAAAAUUGGGGUUCCUUACUAAAACUCCAAUAAUGUAACCCAAGGUGUAAAAAAAAUACCCAAAAUAUUCUUUACAUCGCGUGCCCUGCGGAAACUAUUGAUGAUAGAAUAAAAUAACGUACUACGACUUUGUAGAACACAUUAUUAUUUACAAAAAGUGUCGUGACAGCAUAUGUCUAACUGUUGUAGUUAUGCCGCAAUAAGUGUUCUUCUAUUUAGAAAAAUAAAACAACGUCAAAUAUCGUUGAAUUUUUUGUCAAAGAUCCGAGCGGAGCCGGAGUGGGCCGCUAGUGUUUCAUAAACCAGUGUUAUUCUACCCUUCACGGACUAAUUAAUACUACUUUAUGCCAUGCCAACUACCGUCUAAAUUGUCUGUAAAAAAUAUUUCUUGACACUGAAGUUUUAUUUCACACAGAAAUAACUAACAGUAUCUUGAGGUCUGGUAGCUUGAUUAAGUGUUCGUCUUCAGAAGAAGAGUGCCAGCCAUCACCACAGUUGAACAUUUAUGUAUUAUAUAUACGACUUUUGUCCAUUCCUUGUUUGCUUUAAUUAAAAUAUAAGUAGUAAGUACGUUAUAAUUAUAAUGUAUCUAAAGGUUAAGUUAAGGAAAGAAAUAGUAUGGUAAAAAAAAACUUAAAUAUUCUAGUUAUCUCAGAUUAACGAUGAAGUAUUGAUUUAGUAUUAAGUUUAAUGUUUUUAAUUAGUAAGAAUACUGCCAUGUUUAACAAAAAGAAAAGCUGUAAUGUAAAAUAUUAUGAUGGAAUAAAUGUCGUGAAUUCUA